AUGGCACAAUACAAGGGCACCAUGCGGGAGGCUGGCAGGGCCAUGCACCUGAUCAAGAAGCGGGAGAAGCAGAAGGAACAGAUGGAGGUGCUGAAGCAGCGCAUCGCUGAAGAGACCAUCAUGAAGUCGAAGGUGGACAAAAAGUUCUCAGCUCACUACGAUGCCGUGGAGGCCGAGCUCAAGUCCAGCACGGUGGGCCUGGUCACCCUGAACGACAUGAAGGCCAAGCAGGAGGCCCUCUUGAGGGAACGCGAGAUGCAGCUGGCCAAGAAGGAACAGCUGGAAGAGCGCCGGCUGCAGCUGGAGUUGCUGCGCGAAAAGGAGCGCAGGCUGGAGCGUAAGCGCAAGAUCUCCAACCUGUCCUUCACGGUGGACGACGGCGACGGCGAUGACCACUGCGAUGACCGAGGCGACGAUCGCAAUGAAGGCUGCAUGACCGAGGCCAGCAAGAGCAAGAAGAACCUGGGCAAGAAUCCCGACGUGGACACGAGCUUCCUGCCAGAUCGUGACCGCGAGGAGGCGGAGAACCGGCUCCGAGAGGAGCUCCGCAAGGAAUGGGAGGCCAAGCGCGAGAAGGUGAAGAGCGAGGAGAUGGAGAUCACCUUCAGCUACUGGGACGGCUCGGGGCACCGGCGCACCGUGCGUAUGAACAAGGGCAGCACCGUGCAGCAGUUCCUGAAAAAGGCGCUGCAGGGGCUGCGUAAGGACUUCCGCGAGCUGCGCUCGGCCGGUGUAGAGCAGCUCAUGUACAUCAAGGAGGACCUCAUCCUGCCCCAUUACCACACCUUCUACGAUUUCAUCAUCGCCAAGGCCAGGGGCAAGAGCGGUCCGCUCUUCAACUUCGACGUGCACGAUGACGUGAGGCUGCUCAGCGAUGCCACCAUGGAGAAGGACGAGUCACACGCAGGCAAAGUGGUGCUGCGGAGCUGGUAUGAGAAGAACAAGCACAUCUUCCCCGCCAGCCGCUGGGAGCCCUACGAUCCCGAGAAGAAGUGGGACAAGUACACCAUCCGAUGA